GACUAGGGUGAGAGGUGUGUUACCCGUGAGAAGAUGGGUACAGGAGCACAUGAGGCUUGCUGUGUCUCCAUUUAUAGCAUUAAUAACUUGUUUGGGAGUGAGAGUGAAUGACCUUUUCUUCUUUUUCUUCCAUGGCAUUUUUCCUCUGCACCUGUUAGCUUCCUGGCGGUGGCUCCUCUCCCAGUGACAGUGCGUAGCUCUGACCUGGCAGGAAUGGCAAUGAUGUGCGUGCGAUCAAGAGGACUUCCUGCCCAUCUGCUUUGUCACCCUGGUCUUCCUGCAGCUCCCACUGGCCAGCAUCUGUCAAAACUGUGGGACAGACUCUUGUGCAAGUCGAGGCAGGUGCCCUGGCAUAGGAGGUGUGUGUCCAGCAUGGCAGGAAGCUGAAGCAUCUCCCAGCAGCUCGGGCUCAAGAGGUCCCCAAAGCUUCCAAGAUGAGGGAGGGGCAGGGGGAGAGUGCCCUGGCCUCCCCACACAUGGCUAACCCAGCCCUUUCUGAUCUGCGUCUCCCAGAGAAAGCUGACUAUGAUGUCAUUGGGCCUCAUGCCCCUAUUCUGGCCAUGGCUGGGGGACAUGUGGAGUUACAGUGUCAACUGUUCCCCAAUAUCAGUGCCGAGGACAUGGAGCUGAGGUGGUACAGGUGCCAGGCCUCCCUGGCUGUGCACGUGCAUGAGAGAGGGAUGGACAUGGAUAGAGAGCAAAAGUCAUAGUACAGAGGAAGGACAACCUUCGUGAGUGACCAUGUGGCCGGGGGCAAGGCCAUGGUGAGGAUUCACAGGGUCACAGCCUUUGACAACGAGACAUACUGCUGCCACUUCAAGGAUGGUGUAAAGUUCGGCAAGGCCAUUGUGCAGGUGCAGGUGGCAGGGCUGGGCAUGGAGCCCAGAAUCCAGGUGAUGGAACAGCAGGAUGGAGUCAAGGCAGAGUGCACAUUAGCAGGCUAGUUCCCCAAGCCCUGGGUGGAAUGGCGAGACUUCAGAGGCCAGGCUAGGCCUGCUGUGACCAAUCUCUCAGCCUCGGCCACCAUGGGUCUCUGGGCUGUGACGUCCAGCUUGAUGCUCUGGGACAGGGCUGUGGAGGGUCUCUCUUGCUCCAUCUCCAGCCCUCUCCUCCCUGAGAGGAGGAAGGUGGCUGAAAGUCACCUGCCCGGUGAGUCCUCUGUUCAGUUCUGUCCUCACAAUCAGUGA